AGGUCCAUGUGAAUAUGCAUCGUGUCAGCGAAGAGUUCGCAACUGCAUCCACCGACUCCUCGGGUUCCUCGCUCAGAGUCAGAGCGAGAGAGAGAGAGAGAGAGCAAAGAGAGCAAGUGUCUCCGUUCUGCUGAUUGUCAUCAGCGGCAGCGUCGGAGCUCCACCGGUCCGACGGCACAUGGAUCCCCAGUGAGAAGAUCGAGCGCUCCGGCCGGAGGGGUGUCCAAGGUGCGCUACCAUGACUCUGUGCUCCGAGCCGUGUGUCUCUGGUUCAGGAGGGGACUCGUCUGGCAGCGAGGCUGGAUCCAACUGUCUUCAGUUCGGCGUUCGCUCCUAUCUGCACCACUUCUACGAGGAGUGCUCAGGCUCCAUGUGGGAGCGAGACCCUGACGAUCGGGGGUUCGUCCGGAGCCAGGGGUCGACCCUGUGGUGGAACUCAGCCGUCUGGAAGGUGUCCUUGUCUUUCGGCCUCCUCAUCCUGACGGCAGGCGUCGCCAGCCUCUCGGUCGGUUACGCCACCCCCCAUAAGAUCGAGUCGUUCGGAGAGGGGGAGCUGUUCUUCGUGGACGCCCAGGCCGUCAGCUUCAACCGGGGCCUGCACAUCAGCGCCGCGGCCGGCAUCGGACUCUCCUGCCUGGGCUCGGCGCUGGCCGCCAUGGGCGUCGUCGUCUGGGUCCUCCCCAGGUCCGGCUUCAAGGAGAAGCUGUUCCACCGGAUGGGGGCGGGGGGACGGGGAGGGGAGGCCGGCUCCAGGUGGGGGGGAGGCGGGGAUCCCGGGGAUGUGAUCACCAGGCCGCCGAGCGUGGACAAGGGGAAGACGCCCGUCGCCCUGCUGAAAGUGGAGAACACGCAGCCUUCGUAAAUAUAUAGUUACCUGCUGGUAUUAUAGUUUGUAUAUGAUCUGUUUUUCAAUAAAUGUGCAAUGUUUGGCUGAAAAUAGUCCAAAAGGAGGCUGCUUUGCACCCUGGACAUUAGAGUUAGACAUAAACUAUUUAAAAGCUUGAGGAGGAGAAGAAGCCUGUCAGCUGGUGACUCCCAUCGCAUUCAGUCAUUUUGUUUAACUAAUGCCCUUCUUGCCUGAAUCAUCACAGCCCACAUCUCCAUUCAUCUGAAUCACAGGCCGCGCACGCACAGGGAGGCAUCAACUCCACCAUUCCCACAUAUCAGCCCACACAUGUUCACCACAUGUAAGACUCACCCGCUCGGCCCCCCCGCGCACAAAACCCGCGCUCCAUUGACAACAUCGCCUAUUUCCUGGCGCUGUAAUUGCCUGCAAUCUGUGUCUCCAGGCAACAGUUCGGCUUCAAGUGCUCUAUUUUCAACUCUUCGUCAAGAAGCGCGUUCCGAUUGGCUCGACACGCCCCCUCUCCUCGCUUUCGCACCAAUGAGGUUUAUGUUUACAGGUGCUACAACACAGUAGCGGCGCAUGAGUGACGGAGGGCGGGGGUGGGCGUGGCCACCGCAGGGACCACCUGUGUGAUUGGCUCCUCCAGUUUAGUCACAUGACUUGGAAUAACAGAACGCUAAACAAAAUGAAAUAGGACUAAGAUGAGGGUGAUGUCAUCACUUAACGGCACUGAUUCGCUGGCGGUGUUUCGUUGUGUUAUUGUGCUACUGACUGUGAGGAAGAUGCGACGCGUGUCACUGGUGUAAAUAAAUAAAAAUAAUAAUAAACCUGUGAUCUGCAAACGUA